CUGACAUGUCAGACAACAGAAAACCAAGCAAAGUGGGUGUUUUUUAAAAAAAUAUUAAAUUUAAUAAUACAAUUCACUGUUUAAUAAAUUAAACUAAUGUGUUACUGUUUAAGACGGUGUUAGCUAUGAGUUUCAAGUUGCCAAGACUGAAUGACGACGAAGUACUGUCCCCAUCGUCAGACGAGAAGAUGGACACUGGCUCCGAGUCGUUUCGCUCCCAGGACACACCCAACUCCGUCCUGUCGUCAGACUUCGACGACAACCCCGAACAGAACGUCCUGCGUCUCCAGAACCCCGAAAACGACGUCCACAAGUUAACAGAGUCGGAGACCAACCACAAUCAGAAGGGUGCUGUGACCAAACUUAAGCAGGAAUUGAACGACAGCUUCGUUCUGAAAAUGUCCAAUUUGAAUCUCAACUCUGUAGAAAACAGGCCGAAGAAUCUUGGCAUCAGUCCCCCUAGACUCAGUUCCACGCUCACUUUAACAACAAAUCAUCCAUUGAUGGGUCUAGGCAGUCCCGAGGAGAACUACCCAGAUUUAAUACCUAAGAAAGUGCACAAAAUUGAGGACGAAAAAGAUCUGAGCCUAUCCAGCAUUGAAGACGAACGACACAGCGAUACUAACGGAUUCUACAGUCCCCAACGGAACACCUCAAAGAACAACCUUUACUUCACGGAGAACUUUGUGACUGCUGAUAGUCAGAUCUUGAGUGAAUCUAAAUUGGAUUCGCAGUCGUACAGCAGAUUAUCAGAGAAAUCUGAGCGCCGGAGAAUCGUGUCUCGUAUUAACGACUUGAAGAUCGAGAAGGCGACACCUUUAAGGUUGAGUCGUGCUGAUAAUGCGAAAGAAGAUAGCGCCAUCCGAGAGUUUAUCGAGAGGAAUAAGCUUACUGGUCAAUCUACACCAAAGUCUAGCUGUAAUGUCGACAUUCCUGAGCCCGACGAGUUUCAUAGCGGGGUCGCGGAAUGGUGUGAAUCACCAUCGCAUCUGAGGUCCAUGCCGAACUUCGAAUUACCGAUAGAAAUGUCAAGCAGUAUAGGAAUGAGGAAUGACCUCAAUUCCCCCGAUGUGGUCUCAUCGUCAACGCAGGAAGACCGGUCUGCUUAUCAGGCCCUUUUGGACCCUUACACAGGCAGUGUGGCGUUAAGACAUACUCCUGCCAACAAAAGUCCAGCGAGCGCUACCCGUAGAAGAAUACAAUUGCCGCCAGAAGAGGACAGAUGCAGCCUGGAUAGCUUAAGCGCGUGUUCUAUGGAGUCUGAAGAGGAGCCUCCUCCUCCGGAGACGCAGGCUGAAGUUCAAGCCAGUGAUGAUGAGGAUGCGAAGAGAACACAGUCUACGAACACAGUUUCGGAAUGCAGCGACCCAAUUCCGGAAUAUUCUGCCGCUGAAGAGUAUAGCAACGAAAGAUGUUGGAUCAGUGUCCCAAAGGGUCAGGGACAUGCCGUUUGCGAUAUGAAGGUAAUAGAGCCGUAUAAGCGCGUGAUUUCUCACGGUGGUUACGAGCAACGCGGCGCGGCAGUCAUAGUAUUUAGCGCUUGCCAUCUACCUGAUUCCGCCCGGCCGGAUUACAGAUAUGUCAUGGAUAAUCUGUUUCUGUAUGUUAUUUGGACAUUGGAGAGGCUAGUCACCGACGAGUAUGUUCUAGUAUAUCUACACGGUAGCGCGGGAGCAAGAAAACUACCCACAUUUCAUUGGCUUCACGAAUGCUACAAACUUAUAGACCGCAGAUUACGAAAAAGUCUGAAACAUUUGUACCUGGUGCAUCCCACGUUUUGGCUCAAAUCUUUCGUGAUUCUGACCAAACCUUUUGUAAGUUCAAAAUUCUUUCGUAAGUUAAGCUACGUACGCAGCUUAGAAGAGUUAUCACGCUUCGUGCCAGUGGAACCCAACGCUAUACCUGAAUUAGUUAAACAAUACGACGCGAAGCGAUAAUAUUGCAUUAUAAGUCACUGGCUAUAAGCAUCCUUCUUUUUUGUGAAAAGCGCCAUCUAGGGAGAUCGAAGUACAUUACUGUGUCGAAGUAAUUUUCUGUCUGCAAAUCCACUUUUGCGUUCGAAAUUGUGCAUUCUGUUCUGUUGUAAUAGAUUAGCGAGCUGCGUGUCCAUAGCAUAGAGGUAUGAGAAUAGAGUGGAGAAGGCGGCUCAAAAAGUGUCCGUCUAGUAGAAAGAGAAAGAAGAUGGGAGA